AUCUGGAUUUUUCUUUUAAGAAAAUGGACUAAUCCUUUAAUAUUAGGUUAUUAUGUUAUCUAAGUAAAUGUGAAUACAUGUUUACUGUGAUAUGUAAAAGCAUUACAUGGCAAAGUUUCUGGCCCUGAUGGGCUGCAAAUGUCAUACUUCAUGCAGUGCACACAAUCCUGGAAACCGUGACAUACAAGCCUCCUGUGUUUCAAACCGAUGACGUCAUUAAAUAAAACCUGAGCCAAUCAGAGAGGAGCAGAAAAUAUGUCUCCACCAAUCACAGCGAGGGAUGAGCCUCUGUUCAUAGACACAGCCCAGAGCACCAGCAGCUGUCUGUAUGUGAGAAAGAGAGAGAGAAAGGGGGAGGUAUUAUAUGAGGGAGGACUUUACAGAGGAGAGAUUGUGUUCAAGCUGGACAGACAGGGAUGCUGUUGCUAGGUUACAGUAAAGGGGCAUCCAUCUUUAGUAGCUUGCUCCAGAUAGAGAAAAAACACAAGGUUAGAAUAAAUCUUCCUUUCAAACUGAAGGGAAAUGGACACUUUUCCAGGCAAAGACACAGAAUAAGAAAACAGAGACGUGACCUCAGGUGAGAUUGCGCAGUCAAUGCUUCAGACGGGCCAGGGCUGCAUUCUGAAAUCACACGUUUGGGAUUAUGUGGUGGUCGCGAGGAGAAUGCUGCAUCCCCUCAAUCUAAAUCAUCCACCCGGCCCGGUUUGAGACCGAUAGACACCUUCUCUUCAUCAACCUCGACCCAGAGGAGAUCCACCAACACUGAUAAAGAGACAGACAGACAGACAGAGAGGGAGAGGCCUAAAGACUGGAGAGACAUCACAGAAACUCAACACAAGUGCAAGGAAAACAUCUGCUUGAACUUGAGACAGAGGAUGGGAACGACUGAAGCCACUUUACGCAUGGAGAACAUGGAGGUGAAAGACGAGUGGCAGGAUGAUGAUUUCCCGCGGCCUCUACCUGAGGAUGGUGAUCUGGAGGGACUCACUGAUGACUCUACUCAUCUUGGAGCUCUGACUGCCCAUCAUUUGGACUCUGUCCACCGUAAGCGUCGCACGCUGGUCGCUCCAGACAUAAACCUGUCACUGGACAAGAGUGAAGGCUCUCUGCUGUCUGAAGACUUUCUGGAAACUCCAGAUGAUCUUGAUAUAAACGUGGACGACAUUGAGACUCCAGAUGAUGACUCUCUUGGAUCUACCAACAAUGGCAAUGAACUGGAAUGGGAAGAUGACACUCCAGUGGCCAGUGCGAAAGGUUCGGGUGGUGAUGAGGGUGAAGGUGCAGGGCGUCUCUGGAGAACAGUGAUCAUUGGAGAUCAGGAGCACAGAAUAGACAUGCAGGUGAUCAAACCUUACCUGCGUGUCGUCACACAUGGAGGUUACUACGGUGAAGGCCUGAAUGCUAUCAUUGUAUUUGCUGCCUGUUAUUUACCUGACAGCGGCUGUACAGACUACAGUUACAUCAUGGAAAAUCUCUUUCUAUAUGUGAUCAGUAGUCUUGAGCUGCUGGUAGCUGAAGAUUAUAUGAUCAUCUAUCUGAAUGGAGCGACACCACGCAGAAGAAUGCCAGGACUCGGCUGGCUGAAGAGAUGCUAUCAGAUGAUCGAGCGACGGUUAAGGAAGAACCUCAAAGGUCUGAUCAUCGCUCAUCCAUCCUGGUUCAUUCGUACGGUUCUUACCAUCUCAAGACCAUUUAUCAGUGUUAAGUUUAUGGAUAAGAUCCGUUACGUUCAGAGUUUGGAGGAACUGGCUCAGAUUGUUCCUAUGGAGCAUGUGCAGAUUCCUGAAUGUGUGCUGCAAUAUGAUGAGGAGCGAGUUAAAGUUCAGAGCGACAGGCUUGAACAGCUGGCCAAGACAUCAGAAAGGGCGUCAUCAGUAGCUGAAGAGGCGUGUCCUUGACAUCUCACAAGGGGAACACAUCUAUGCGUGACAUUUUCCAAAGAUGUAUCUGUAAGCAAACACACAAACACAGUGAUGCUUUUCAAACAUCUGUCCACGGUGACAUUUUCCAUAAACACUCGGUCACCCUUUUGCCCUGAAUCAUUUUAAAUCUAGAUCACAACAUGAGAGAAAACAAACUGGACUCUAAUGAAACAAACUUUUCUAAUGCUUGUUUGUUUUUCAAGGGGAACAUCUGUCCAAACAUUGUGUCUAAUACCUAAAAUAUGUAUUUUUGUUGUACAGAUGUAAAAUAUGUUGAAUGUGGUAUAGUAUGUGAUUUUCAAACCAGUAAGACAUAUAGUACUAUAAUCAAUUGUUCUUGUCUUGGUGGUUUAACUUGCCAACCACUUUAAAGGUCACGUUCUUCCUGAUACCAUUUUUUAAACCCUAGUUGGUGUGUAAUGUUGCUAUAAUAGCAUAAAUAAUACCUGUAAAAUGAUAAAGCUCAAAGUUCACUGCCAGGCGAUAUAUUUUCUUCAAUAAAAUUCCUCUUAAAAAGCCUACAACGAACGGCCGGUUUGGACUACAGCCCUCUAUUUCCUGCUUUAAUGAUGUCAGUAAAACAGUUUGUUGACUAAACUCCGCCCACAUGAAUACGUCAGUCACCAGCUUUGGCUCAAAAGGCUCUGCUAAGCUAAGCUGCUAUUGAAUCACAGCACACUUAACAAACUACACAAUCAGAACUUGUUACGUAUUUCUGAAGGAGGGACUUCACAAAACAAGGAAGACAUCAGCCCGUUUUGAGGACAGUGAAAACAGCGCUAUACAGAUAAGUCAAUUGUGUGAAAAAUACCGUGUUUUUUUACACGUGAAACAUGAACACAUGUUAUAUUGCCCACUAUAAACACAAUCAAAGCUUCAAAAUCACAGACAGAACGGGAGCUUUAACAACCCUGACAGAUUCAUUCUGUUACACAACACUGCAGUUUGCAGGUUAUAAAACCAGAAUCAACUCUCUUUACUUUUUUAAAUCAUGUUAUAUUGGGCCUCAUCCACCAGUAGGGGAGAGCGGGGCCAUAAGUAAAAUUUUUUAGAAAAACGGCAUUUUAAAAGAUAAUGUUUUAGACAGAGAUAUAUUUUUGCUGUGGUCACUAACUCACAAGUGUGAUCUUUCAAUACCAGGUGAAAUUUUGAUCAAAUGUAAAACGACAUCAGUAUAAUUUCACUUUAAACAUAAGUAGCGCAUUGUUACUUUCGACCCUGUCAGCUGGGACGAAAGUAACACAACAGAAGAUGUUUUUUGUGUUACACUUGUUUUUAUUAAAUAUACAUGACUAUCAUCUUGUUUAUAUGUAACUGCAAACAUAUUUUGUCAUUUAUCUUUGCAAAAAAUAAUGAAAUUACAUUUUCAUUUUUACAUUUUGUUUUAUCAAAUGUUUCAACAGCAAGCUGACAGUACAAACUUGAACUGUUGAGAAUUAAAAAUUUUCAACAGUGUCAACAAUUGGAAAAUUAAAAUUAAUUAAAUGAGCAUAAUAUAAAUUCUCAAUAUAAUGCAAGUGUUACUUUCGUCCCCACAGGAACUCCUUACAUUUAAACCCGAUUUGCGUUAAUACAACUGUUACAGCACUAAAUAACGUGUAGAUAUUUAUAAACCAGAAACACAACAGUUUCUGGAUUCGUGGGAAACAAUCAUGAAACAAUUAAGCGAUAUUUGUCAACUCUGUCAAGGGUUAAAGAUGCUGUCAUAGUUCGGAAUGUAAAUGUAGUCAGAGCAAAGAGAAAAUCACUUUGUUACUUUCGCCCGGUUCUCCCCUAAAUGUUAUUCCAACGAAAAAGACAGUAUUUAAAAUCUUAUAUCAAAUGCAAAUAACUUGGUCCACCUCUGUAAUAUAUUUUAUUUGUAGAUAAUGUCACCUAGGUCAUGCGAGCUGUUGGAUAAUGUUAAACAGUAAUGGCAGGUAAUGAAAUGACUUGUUAUCUCUUACUAAGGAAAUCUGCUCACAGUAGUCUACACUGUUUUCUUGUGAAGGAUCUUCAUGAAGUUCCUUUAAAGCAACCCGUGUGUGUGUGUGUGUUUACCUGAGAUAACUGAGAUUCUGACUUCAAGAAAAACAACAGCGUUUUAUUUUUUUAUUACUACAAACUUUUGUAUUUUAUACAAUUUUUAAGCAUGUAUUAAUAACCUUAUAUGCUCUUUAUUAUAAAUCUGCUUUGUACUAAACCCCCCUAAUGUUCAUAACUGGAAAAAAUAGGAAACAUAAUUAUUUAAAUCAAAUAUUAUCACAUUUUUUUUCGUUUAUCACCUUAAAUUUUAUGCUGACUUGUAUUUUUAACUUUAUUUUCUGUAUAAUUCAGUUCAGUAUUAUAGAGAUUUUCAUAUAUGGUACUACUGUAAUUCAUACAUUAUUCUUUUAAAAAACAUACAUUUUACUUUAUUUCACCAUAAAAUUGAUGUUUUGUUAAAUCUAUUAGUUUUUUUUAAAGUUAGCCAAUUAACAUUUAGACACAGUUUACAUUUAACACUUUAGGACUCGCAGGUAUGUUUGUAACAUCUUGAUCCUGCAACAUAUUUAACUUUUUUGUAGAUAAGGCAGUUUUAUCUGCUUUUUUAACAUUUACCCUUACUGGUGUAAGCUGUGGAUUUACUCAACAUCAUCAUUUUAACAUCAUGGAAAUCUGUCUGUAGCACAGAUGUCUGUCUGUUCAGGGCCGGGUUUCCGAAAAGCAUCGUAAGACUAAGUAGAUCGUAAAAACGAUCGUACGAAUCAUCUUAGAAUUACGGGCCGUUUCCCAAAAGCUUCGUAGCUUAAGUUGCACUUAAAAAUCGUCGUAGAUCUACGAGUGUUCUGGAGUAAUCGUUAAUUCAUAAGUGCAUCGUAAGACAACAGUGUUACAAAGUCACCUACAGGACAACCAGCAAAUUACACUCCUGCAAUGACGAUAAUGUAAUGUUUUAAAUGUAGGCUAUAUUUAUUAAUUGGGGUUUUCUUUGCUUAUUUGUUUAAAUUACUUUAAUAUAAUAUAUUUAAAAUUCAAAUGAAAAAUCAAAUUUAAAUGACUAAACAUAAAUGAACAAAGAAGGAAAAUGUAUUUUUGGUAAAAGUUGGUACUAGCAAAUUGAUAAUUGUUCCUACCAAUUUCUUCUAUAAUUCAUCUCGCUACAGUAAAAAAACAUUUUUUGAAGGGUUGGCAUCUGAUUAAAGAAACCAAAUAAAUAUUUACGGUACAAUGCAAUACUCCAUAAUAAUAAAUAAACAUAGAUAAUAAACAACAAAUAAUAAUAUUAAUCUAAACUAUAAUAUAAAAUGCAGAAAGCAUUUUGCAGUGGGACAAGUCCUGACUAAAUACGUAAAAGAAUAUUUCAUUAUGAACAAUUUUAAAACAUUUAAAAAGUCAUUGAACAAUAAUAAAAAAUAUUAUAAAAAAUAUUAGUGCACAUCGGCUAAAGAUCAUUAGCUUAAACAAGCUUCUGCUACAAAUUCGAGUCAUUCUAUAGGUGACAUUUAAGAACUUGACAAACGGAUAGCGACUCGUAAGUAGCACUUAAAACCCAGCUGCGAGCGAUCGUUUCACGUGCAUCUUUGGGAUACGCACGUAAAUGAACGACGAAUGUUCGUUAAGUAGCUCGUAGAAAGCGCUCUUAAGUGCUAAGUUCAAUCGUUAUCGGGAAACCCGGCCCUGGUCAAGUCUUGAAGAUUUUAAUCGCCUCACAGAUAUAGGUUGCUUUAAAGAAGCUCAGAUCUUAAGUUAUCUUAAAUCAUGUGUACAUCGCUCUGUACUGUACAUACUGUGGCUCUGAAUUUAAGGACAAAUGUGUCAGGCAUCAGUUAACUGAGUGUUUGGUGUUUAACUGAGGUUUGUUAAUGUAAUGUAGGUCAGGGCUAUGUUUGCAAUAGAAAACUUACACACUGUAAAAUGCACAUUAUUUUUUAUUCAACUGUAUUGUAAUAUAUUUUAAAAUAGGAUGUCAUACAGUACUGGGUUGCAUUGUUUCAUCUGAUGCAUGCUGCUAAAUAGCAAGUGGUGUUUGGUCAUAUAGUUUUUUUAUUCUUAAAUAAAAUGAUUAAAUAAUGCAUUGAGAUGAUGUUAAAAAUUAAAGUUGAUAUCAUUUCAAUGUGGCAACACACUGUUAAUGAACACAUUUUAUUAUAAGAAGCAGUAUUCCAGUAAAUGUGAUCCGUUGUCAAAUGCCGUCAGUCAUCCGGGUUUUUCGUGCACGCAGGGCACCACAGUAAUAAUUGUGUGAUAGUUUUCUAUUACAAAUAUCGUCCGAAUGUCGUCCUAUGAAUUUACUGUAAUAAAUUCAUGUACAUAAGCAUGUAAUUCAACACUAGAGUACAAACUCGUGUGCUUCCAACACAAAGUGACAUCACAGGAGGCGGGGCUUAUUAACCCUCCCCUCAGAAAGCCUUAUACGGAAAUAGUUUAUCCACAAACAGUUAGUUAGCUAUUAAAUAUUUGUCUAGGAAGACAGAAAUUGAUGGCGUACAGGAGAACUGUAUUGAUCUUAUUCUCUGUAAUGGCCAAUAAUAGGAAUUCUUAUUGUAGGCAUUGAUAUUGGUGCUCAUAAUGAAUUUUGACGGGAUAAUUUUUGCCACAUUAUUGUAUAAUGUACCUUAAAGGAUUGUUUUUCAGCGUACUGUGUAUAAAUCAUUUGUAUCAUAUAAUGUGCAAUAAGUGAAGGAGUCACUAAUACUGAUGAUGUGAACAUUUAAUAAAAGCUUAAUGUUAAGCA